UAGCUACUUUCUUCUCAUCUUUCCAUCAACUUGUUAAAGAGUCUUUGAGGCUCCAAAGAUUUGAGAGAGAGUUUUGGUUUUGAAGAAUCCCCAGGCCCGCAUUCUAGUAUUAUAUACAAAUUAUAUAUUUUGCAGAAAUGCGCAGCCAAGUUUCUGCUAAUAUUGUUGCUAGCUCUGCGGCCAUUGUUGUAGCAGUGGUCUUGUUACUACCUCAGGCUGAGGCUGCUCGUGCUUUCUUUGUGUUUGGUGAUUCACUGGUGGACAAUGGUAACAACAACUAUUUACUCACCACGGCGCGGGCGGAUUCUCCACCCUAUGGCAUUGACUACCCAACUCAUCGCCCCACUGGCCGAUUUUCCAAUGGCUACAACAUCCCUGAUCUUAUUAGCCAAGCGCUUGGGGCUGAGUCAACCUUGCCGUACUUAAGUCCUGAGCUCAACGGAGAGAAGCUGUUAGUAGGUGCAAAUUUCGCUUCUGCUGGAAUCGGAAUCCUUAACGAUACAGGGAUUCAAUUUGCAAACAUAAUAAGAAUUGCCCAACAAUUGGAGCUGUUCGCUCGGUACCAGCAGCGACUUGGUGCACUAAUUGGGGCGGACCAGGCAGAGCAGCGGGUGAACCAAGCGCUGGUUCUCAUCACACUUGGUGGGAAUGACUACGUUAAUAACUAUUUUCUGACGCCAUUGUCUGCCAGAAGACUUCAAUACAACAUCCAAGAUUAUUCCGUUUUCCUCAUCUCCGAAUACCGCAAAAUUCUACUGAGACUGUACGAAUUAGGAGCAAGAAGGGUGCUGGUGACAGGAACUGGGCCCAUAGGUUGCGUUCCAGGGGAACUGGCUACAAGGAGUAGAAAUGGGGAAUGUGCAGAGGAGCCUCAACAAGCAGCUGCCACCUUCAACCCGCUCCUCAUUCAAAUGAUUCAAGGUCUCAACCAAGAUCUGGGAUCAAACGUGUUUGUCGCCGUCAAUGCAAUGCAAAUGCAGAAUGACUUCAUCACCAAUCCCCGGGCUUUUGGUUUUGUCACGUCUAAGGUAGCAUGUUGUGGACAAGGAGCAUUCAAUGGAGUUGGACUCUGCACUGCCGCAUCAAAUCUAUGCCCGGACAGAAAUGUGUAUGCGUUUUGGGAUCCUUUUCACCCAUCGGAGCGGGCAAAUAAGAUUAUUGUCCAAACCAUCCUCACCGGAUCCGACAAAUACAUGACUCCCAUGAACCUCAGCACUAUCAUGGCCCUGGAUUCAAAGAUUUAGUGAUUCUACAAUCUUUGAUCGAGUCGCGUGUUGUACUAGUCCCAGAUGUACUAAUUACUUCUACUACUUUCUUUUUUUUUUUUUUUAAGUGCUCGUCUGCUGCUUGCUUUUGCGUUACCAUAAUUUAUUGCAUUUCCUUUCUCAUUC